AAAACCUCAAAACCCUAAACCCUAAAACAUACGCAGCCAUUUCUAGUCUUCUCGUGUAAUAUAUAAACAAAGGUUCCCCUUGCAAGAAUCUGUGAUAAUUCUCGCCGUCUUCACUUCCAUUCCUUACAGAAAUACACGGCAACUCAAUUCUACGGUUCCUUUAAGAAAUGAAGAACCCAAAGGUAUUCUUUGACAUUUUGAUUGGAAAGGCAAAAGCUGGACGAGUUGUAAUGGAAUUGUUUGCUGAUACCACGCCAAAAACUGCCGAGAACUUCCGAGCCUUGUGUACUGGUGAAAAAGGAAUUGGAUCUUCUGGGAAGCCAUUGCACUACAAGGGAUCUAAAUUUCACCGUAUAAUUCCUAAUUUUAUGUGUCAAGGUGGAGACUUCACUAAGGGUAAUGGGACUGGGGGAGAAUCAAUUUAUGGAGCAAAGUUUGCUGAUGAGAACUUCAAGCUAAAGCAUACUGAGCCUGGUCUGUUGUCGAUGGCAAAUGCAGGGCCAAAUACCAAUGGUUCUCAGUUCUUUAUUACCACAGUGAAGACAUCUUGGCUCGAUGGAAAGCAUGUCGUAUUUGGGAAAGUUGUGGAUGGUUAUGGUGUAGUGAAGGAGAUGGAGAAGGUCGGUUCUGACGGUGGAUCCACUUCAUUACCUGUUGUGAUAGAAGACUGUGGUCAGAUAACUGAGUAGCAACAGCUAUCUUCGAAGAACAAUACUUUUUGAUUGUGUAUGAAGAUAUAUGUAUAUCAAAUUGAGCUCCUUAUAAUCGUUGGAUUUGUUACCUCUACAAAAAUAACAACUAAUGUAGAUUUUGCCAGUUCUUGGGGGUUUCUGAUAGUCAUGCUGGAACUAUGGUCUUGGCCAAUUUUUCAUUUGCAGCCCUAAUUUGAUGUGUUUUUAAGCGUGAUCCUUAUCUUGACUACUGCCUUAUAAACAUAAUGCCUGGAUGGCUGUAUUUUCCUUUGGUAAUUAAUGAUAGCAUCUAAUCUCAUUGUCAUA